GUUGAGAGGGAGGAGGAAGCGGCGAGUUCCGGAGCCUUGCCUAAGCUCGGCCCAACCUUUGCUCCAGAGAUCAUGGCUGCCGAGGAUGUGGCAGCGACGGGCGCCGAUCCGAGCGAAUUAGAGGGCGGCGGGCUGCUGCAUGAGAUCUUCACCUCGCCCCUCAACCUGCUGCUGCUUGGCCUCUGCAUCUUCUUGCUCUACAAGAUCGUGCGCGGGGACCAGCAGGCAGCCAACAGCGACGACGAUGAUCCACCCCCGCUGCCCCGCCUCAAGCGGCGCGACUUCACCCCUGCCGAGCUGCGUCGCUUCGACGGUGUCCAGGACCCACGCAUACUCAUGGCCAUCAACGGCAAGGUGUUCGACGUGACCAAAGGCCGCAAGUUCUACGGGCCCGAGGGGCCAUACGGGGUCUUUGCAGGCAGAGAUGCCUCCAGAGGCCUUGCCACAUUUUGCCUGGAUAAGGAAGCACUGAAGGACGAGUAUGAUGACCUGUCUGACCUCACUGCUGCCCAGCAGGAGACCCUGGGUGACUGGGACUCUCAGUUCACUUUCAAGUACCAUCACGUGGGCAAACUGCUGAAGGAGGGAGAAGAGCCAACUGUGUACUCAGAUGAAGAAGAACCAAAAGAUGAGAAUGAUCGGAAAAAUGAUUAG